GUUUCAAACAUGCUCGUCUUUCAAGACAUUCUUAUCGUGAAGAAUAAGUCUGUGUUUGAACUAGCAGCAAUUCAAUACUCAAGAUAAUGCAAAGUCCUUUGACAAAUUAUUUACUUUUCUCUAAUCCACGAUAAAGAAACUAUGAGAAAUUAAUUCAUAGGAUAAGGGUAUGAUAUUUAGGUGAAGAUAUAACCCCUCGUCGUUAUGGCAAACACUCCAGACGAAAUAAUUUAAAAAGGACAGCAUACAGAUGGGAAUUGGUUUUAUUGAUCCUAUAUUUUAUAUCGAGACAUUGACGUUGCUGGUUGACGAUAAGGCCAAGAUGUAAACAUUGAAUGGAGGGUACAUCUCUAUAUACUCUCAAUUCGACAAACUCGCACAUAUCAAGGAAUACUUUGAGCAGGACAAUAGAAAUAAACGACAUGUUUGAUAAGAACAACACAUUGACGGAAUCUCGAAAGGUAAUCUAAAGAACAAUUUGACGGACAGGUUUUCCGACACUAAAGAAGACCAAGAAAUCUCCAAUGACAAUGUCAUUCAACCCACCAAAAGUCUCCAAUGCACUCCCGGGCAUUUCCGAAAGACACCAACAGGAUCAUGGUGUUGUUUUGAUGAAUAAUUUCAUAAAUGAAGACAAGGACAAUGGACAACCUGGCUAUCUGAACCGGAAUAAGGACAAUAGCAAUCUUCCAGAUAUCAAACGCGUUGUGUAUGAUAGAGGAACUUUGAAAAGUAAACCUCCUGAUGUGAAACGCAGAGGAAUGUUUGGUGGGCCCUCAGAGAUGGCGAACCGUCGUUCGUCUCCUGAAAAACGCAAUCAUAUGCAAGGGAGGAGUACCAGUCGUGGCUAUAAAUAUGACCGGAAUAUAAGGAAUAAUCGUAAAUCUUUAGAUUGCAAUAGUGAUGACAAUUUAUUUGAACGUCAAUCUUGCACAGAAGUUAUGGAAUCUCCUUUAGAAUCACCUUGGGGUCAAUUUGAAAAUCAUGUAAAGAACAUCGACGAUGACACUCAGUACUACACAAAGCCUAGAAAAAUCACAUUCAGAUCCAGUACUGAUUAUUCAACUCUUGUCGACGAGCUACGUAAGAUUGAACGGAAAAAAGCUGAGCGAAAACAAAUGCUGGCGUCAGUAAAAAAGGAAGCUGUUGUCGUAACACAUGGAAUGGAUGGGGUUAUUGAACAAAAUCGUAAUAUUGAAGAGGAGGCGGAAAGGGAGGUGGCUCAACAAGAGCGUUUAGAGGAAGAACGUAAAAGGCUUAGAGCUAAGAGGUACUGGAACAAAAUUAGAAUGCAUGUCCAAGAAAAAAUAAUGAAAAAGAAAUCGAAAACAAUUGGUUGGGGUGUAAUAAGUCAUACCAUAAAGAAAAUGUCUGACGGCGAACGGACAAGGGAAGAUCUGUACGAACGUUACCUUAAACACCAUAACCCUAUGUUCAAUAGGGGCGAACCGCCAGAUUCAUUCGUACAAAGGGUGAGGAUUAUGAGUGCCACCUCAAGAAAAGAGUCUUCUCUUGAUCGACAUGGACGUAAACCGCGAUCAAAAAGUGCAAGUGCUAGUUUGAGUCGACCUGGUAGCUCAGUUUCUACCUUAAGUCGACCACGGACUGUCCACGGAUCGGACAAAGAUAACGAAGACGUCUUCCCGAGGUGGAUGUAAUAUGGCCGAUGAUUGUUUAGUUCAAAUUAUAAAAAUAUUUUUGAUGGAGAUGCAGGAAUCAAUUUUUCAAUUGUUUAAGAAAUUGAACAAAAAAUGAAAGGA